UGGAUGCGGGCAAUGGAAAGUAUGCAAUUGUGUACCGCGAUAGUCGCACUUGAUGGUGAACGAAAACGAGCUAGUUUCGCUAGUGAAAGGGCCAGAGUAUGUGUAGUUUGGCACUUGCUAUACUUGUGUAGUGGUGGCAGAUUAGGCGUAAGUCGGCGAUGGCGUUUGACGUUGCAAACGUGGCGAUGCGUCAGCGCUUUGAUGAAAAGUGAUCAUACGGUCGUCACCUGCUCAGAGAAGAGAAGGAGACUGCGGCGGCACAGUCUCACUUGGCCGGCCCAGCAGGCCUGAUGAUCCUGAUCGUUUUCCUCAUGCGGUCGAGCACUUCUCGUUACUAUCCGCCAUAAGAUCGCAUCGCACAGGAGCAGGCCGAGUUAAAUAGAGCAGGUAGCAGCACGUACCGUACUUGACUUCAUACCCUCCUGACCCCUCUCACCCGUUCGACCGCAAGAUGGCUACACCCAUACCACAGAAGGCGGUGUCGAAUGGUAUCCCGCCUCCAUCGUUCUUCCUCCCGUAUCCAGAUGGACCGGAGCUGAUCACCGACAACCUGAUGAAACUGAUUGAACUGACGCCCGAUCCGCGCCACAAGUUCUUGUUAAGGAGUCUGGUCACUCACCUGCACAGAUUCGUGAAAGAGACAAGUCUCACCACAGACGAAUGGAUGACUGCGAUCCACUUCCUCACACGAGUUGGCCAGAAGUGCACGCCGAUUCGCCAGGAGUUCAUCCUCCUCUCGGAUAUCAUUGGUAUAUCCGCUCUGGUGGACGCGAUCAACAACCCGCCCAUUAGUGGGGGUACGGAGAGUAGCGUUCUUGGGCCCUUCUUUACCGACGACGCGCCAGAUUUGGAGGCCGGCGAGUCGAUAGCAUCGGAAGGCAAGGGAGAAUACCUGUAUGUCGAAGGUCGCGUGCUCAGCACCGACGGAACGCCGAUCCCUGGUGCUAUCAUCGAGACUUGGGAGACAGAUGCUCAGGGAUAUUAUGAUACUCAGUACACGAACAGAGACAAGCCUGAUUGCCGAGGACGUCUCAAGACCGACAAGGACGGCCGGUACGAAUAUCGGGCGGUAGUUCCAGUUGCCUAUCCUAUCCCGGGUGAUGGUCCAGUGGGGGAAAUGCUUUUGAAGCUGCAACGUCACAACAUGCGUCCGAACCACCUACACUUGAUGAUCGAGGCACCAGGAUACAACACGCUCACGACUGCCCUGUACCCAGAGGGUGACCAGUACCUGAGCAGUGAUGCUGUGUUUGGCGUGAAGAAGUCUCUGGUGGUCACGCUGCAAGACAUCCAUGAUGAGGCCGAAGCUCGGAAGCGUGGUUUCCCGCAGGGUGAAUCGUUCAAGCUUCUGCAAUUCGACUUCAUCUUGGUGCCCAAUGAGGAGGCGCAAGCUGCCCGAGAGCAGUUCGCACAGGAGAGAGCGCAGAAGCUUUCUGGUAGACUGUGAAGACUGAGCAUAGCAUAGCCACAUUUCAACAUUGUCGUUAGCAGGUACACGUUCAACCGUUACCAUUGUAGCACCAAGGCCUUUCAUAACUCUGUAUUGCGGAAUUGUACAUCGCAAAUCUGUAUCUCUGUAUCUCUGGCAUCAGUUUCUUGCUUGUGGGCUCGUUGAGGAACGCUAAACCAGUACCACGGCUUCACACCGCAA